AUGGAACUCGAAAUUGAGUGUACGGACAAACAAAAAGCAGAUUAUAUAAGUAAACUUAUCGACAUUGACGACUGGCAGAUUACGGAUAAGUGUUUCGAUCUAGUGGAGGAAGCAUGGGGCCCUCACACGAUCGAUUGUUUUGCUAAUUAUUACAACACAAAAACCCGGAGGUUUUUCUCAUGGCACUCAUGGAAUCCAGAUUGUACGGGAGUGGACUUUUUUGUCCAAAGUAUAACAGGAGAGAAUUGUCUUGUAGUUCCACCUAUUUGCCUUAUAGCCAGAGCUUUACACUAUUUACAAAAACAUAAAGCGGAAGCGGCAGUAAUUGUCCCGUUUUGGCCUUCGUCGUAUUUCUGGCCGGUUAUAUUGAGACACAUGGCUAGUUUCAUAGUUGAGUAUAAAGUGAUUAAUGGCAGGGAAGUGUUAACACACGGGAGAAAUGCAAACUCCUUACUCGGCUCGGAACGGUUUUGUGGGAAAUUGUUAGCCCUUAGA